AUGGAGGAUAUGGCAGCAGGAAACCAUUGCACAGUGACUGAGUUCUUCUUGGAUGGGCUCUCAAAGAAGUCAGAACUUCAGCUGCCGCUCUUUCUCCUCUUCACAGGAAUCUAUAUGAUCACUGUAGCAGGGAACCUGGGCAUGAUCACACUGAUUGUUCUCAGUUCCCACUUGCACACACCGAUGUAUUAUUUCCUCAGCAGUCUGUCCUUCAUUGACUUCUGUCAGUCCACAGUUGUUACCCCUAAAAUGCUGAUGAGCUUUUUGACAGAGAAGAACAUCAUCUCCUAUCCUGGAUGCAUGACUCAGCUCUACUUCUUCAUCACUUUUGGUAUUGCAGAGUGCUACACACUAGCUGCAAUGGCUUAUGACCACUAUGUUGCUAUAUGUAACCCGUUGCUUUAUAAUGCAACCAUGUCUUUUCAGAUUUACUGUUCUCUGAUUUCAGGGAUAUAUAUCUUUGCUGUAUUCUGUGCAUCAGUAAACUUGGGCUUCAUGCUUAGGAUUCAGUUCUGCAAAUUAGAUGUGAUUAACCACUAUUUCUGUGAUGUUCUUCCCCUUUUUCAGCUUGCAUGCUCUAAUACCUACAUCAAUGAAAUGUUGAUUUUAUUUUUUGGAAUACUGAAUAUCUUUGUCCCACUGCUGACUGUUAUUAUUUCCUACAUCUUCAUCAUAGCCAGCAUCCUCCGCAUUCGCUCCACUGAGGGCAGAUCUAAAGCCUUCAGUACUUGCAGUUCCCACAUCUUGGCUGUUGCUGUCUUCUUUGGAUCACUAGCAUUCAUGUACCUUCAGCCAUCAUCAGUCAGCUCCAUGGAUCAAGGGAAAGUGUCCUCUGUGUUUUAUACUACUGUCGUACCCAUGCUGAAUCCUUUGAUCUACAGCCUGAGGAAUAAGGAUGUCAGUGUUGCACUGAAGAAAAUACUUGGGAGGAAAAGAUUAUGUAAGCAUACGUAGUGUGAAGAUUACUUAUUCGACCACAAAAUUUAAAAACACAUAUAUUGGAUUGAUAAUGUUUAUUUCAUCCUACUUUACAUUAUUACUAGUAAUU